UUUCCUACAGUGAUCCAUUGCCAGACUCUCGGCACAGCACGGGACGCCCCAUCUGGCCUCAACUUCAUCUGCCUGGGCUUGGUAAACAACGACGGCUCCUGCACGCACGGUAGCCGGUUGGAUGAGAGACAGUCUCGCGGGUCGUUCGGCACCCACUAGAACUCUGCAAGGCGCUUGGCCCCGCAGGACAGGAGCGGCAUAAGUCACGGAGAGACAUGGCUCUGAAGAUUGUCAAAGGGAGCAUCGAUCGGAUGUUCGAUAAAAACCUCCAGGAUUUAGUACGUGGCAUUCGGAAUCACAAGGAAGAUGAGGCCAAAUAUAUCUCCACAUGCAUCGAUGAGAUCAAACAGGAGCUCAAGCAGGACAACAUCGCUGUCAAAGCCAAUGCUGUGUGCAAGCUCACCUAUCUUCAGAUGCUGGGCUAUGAUGUCAGCUGGGCCGCUUUCAACAUCGUUGAAGUCAUGAGCUCCUCCAAGUUUACGUACAAGAGGAUCGGUUAUCUGGCAGCUUCUCAGUGCUUUCAUGAGAGCACUGAUGUGAUCAUGCUGACAACCAAUCAGAUCCGAAAGGACCUCAGCAGCCCCAACCAGUAUGACACAGGUGUUGCCCUCACUGGCCUCUCCUGUUUUGUGACCCCCGACUUAGCUCGGGACCUGGCCAAUGACAUCAUGACACUGAUGUCCCACACUAAACCCUACAUCAGAAAGAAAGCAGUCUUGAUCAUGUACAAGGUGUUUCUCAAGUACCCAGAGUCCCUUCGCCCAGCUUUUCCCAGGCUUAAGGAGAAACUUGAGGAUCCAGACCCAGGUGUCCAGUCAGCAGCAGUGAAUGUCAUCUGUGAGCUGGCACGCAGAAAUCCCAAGAACUACCUGUCCCUCGCCCCUCUCUUCUUCAAGCUCAUGACCUCUUCUACAAAUAACUGGGUUCUCAUCAAGAUCAUCAAGCUGUUUGGUGCGCUCACACCACUUGAGCCACGGUUAGGAAAGAAGCUGAUAGAACCCCUGACAAACCUAAUCCACAGUACCUCUGCCAUGUCUCUGCUGUAUGAAUGUGUCAACACUGUGAUUGCAGUGUUGAUUUCGUUGUCGUCUGGGAUGCCUAACCACAGUGCUAGUAUCCAGCUCUGUGUGCAGAAACUACGAAUCCUGAUAGAAGACUCGGACCAGAACUUGAAGUACUUGGGCCUGCUGGCCAUGUCAAAGAUCCUGAAGACCCAUCCCAAGUCGGUGCAGUCUCAUAAAGACCUCAUCCUCCAGUGUCUGGACGACAAGGAUGAAUCCAUUCGCCUCAGAGCUCUUGACCUGCUCUAUGGGAUGGUAUCCAAAAAGAACUUGAUGGAGAUUGUGAAGAAGCUAAUGCUUCAUGUGGACAAAGCAGAGGGAACCACCUACAGAGACGAACUUCUCACCAAGAUCAUCGACAUCUGCAGUCAAAGCAACUACCAAUACAUCACCAACUUUGAAUGGUACAUCAGUAUCUUGGUGGAGCUGACCCGAUUAGAGGGCACACGGCACGGUCAUCUCAUCGCCUCUCAGAUGCUGGAUGUUGCUAUUCGGGUGAAAGCUAUCCGAGCCUUUGCUGUUGCCCAGAUGGCCACUCUGCUGGACAAUGCCCACCUGCUGACUGGCAACAUGCAGCGAAACGGCAUCUGUGAAGUUUCGUAUGCCGCAGCUUGGAUCUGUGGGGAGUUCUCAGAACACCUAGAGAAUCCAAUGCAGACACUGGAGGCCAUGCUACGGCCAAAGGUGGCCACACUACCAGGCCACAUUCAGGCAGUGUAUGUGCAGAAUGCAGCCAAGCUCUUUGCCACUGUGCUGAAGAGCCAGGAGGGCAACACUGACAGCACGGCUGCACAGGAAACCAGCCAGCUGAUGAUUGAGAGGCUACCACUGUUUGUCCAGAGCGCCAACCUGGAGGUGCAAGAGAGGGCAUCAUGCAUUCUGCAGCUUGUCAAGUACAUCCAGAAGUUGCAGCAGAAGGAUGUGGAAGUAGCAGAGGAAGUGAGUGCGCUGUUUGCUGGAGAACUCAACCCUGUAGCCCCCAAGGCACAGAAGAAAGUGCCUGUUCCUGAAGGUCUGGACCUGGACGCCUGGAUCAACGAGCCUCCCUCUGAGAGCGAGUCUGAGGACGAGCAGCCCAAGGCUAUUUUUACUAAGGAGGAGACCAAACACUCGCGUCCCCGUCACAUAGAGGUGGACGAGAAGGAGCUGGCAAGGAGGAGAGAAGCCAGAAAGCAGGAGCAAGCCAACAACCCAUUCUACAUCAAGGCUUCCCCGUCCUCUCAGAAGGUUUACCAGGACACUCCUGGAGUGGAGCACAUCCCAGUUGUGCAGAUUGACCUCAGUGUUCCUCUCAAGGUUCCAGGUCUGCCUAUGUCCGACCAGUACGUCAAGCUGGAGGAGGAGCGCCGGCAGAAAGAGAGAGCAGAGAAGAAGAAGAAGGAAAAGAAGAAGAGGAAAGAAAAGCGCAGUGGACGAGGGAAGAAACAUGACUCUGGCCCGGAGAGUGAGGAGGACAUUACGCCUGCACACAUGGUUGACAUAGUUACUGAGGAGAUGCCAGAGAAUGCCUUACCCAGUGACGAUGACGACAAAGACCCCAACGACCCUCACAAAGCACUGGACAUCGACUUGGACAAGCCUCUCGCAGACAGCGAGAAACUGCCAGUCAGGUCACAUCGUGCAGUAGAGGCAGCAAAGAGUCCUGGAGAAGAUGGAGAUGCAGAGACUGUGGCCACACAGCAGCCCAAGAAGAAGAGUGGCAAAGAUAAGAGGGAUGACAAGAAGAAGGAUAAAGACAAGGAGAGGAAGAAGAGCAAAGAUGAGAAGAAGAAGAAAAAACACAAACAUGAGGAGAAGGAGGAAGAUCUUCUCAGGGGUGAGGUUCAUGAGCCUGUGGUCCAAUCUGAAGGAAUCAGUCAAGUGGCAGAGCUGCCCACAUCCACCAGUGCUGAGGUUUCGGAUCUGGAUUUCUGGCUCUCAAAUGCUCCAGUGCCCUCUAACACCCAGGAAGCAGCAACAGUAGCAGCAGCAGAAGCCCCUGUGGCUGAGGUGGUCUCAGGAGCAGCACAGGACUCGGAGCCCGAUGAGCCCAAAGACACUGAGAUGGAGGAGACUAAGUCCUCCAAGCAUAAGAAGAAGAAGCAGAAAAAGGAGAAGGAAGAGAAGGAGAAGAAAAAGAAGAAGAGGCAUCAUCACCAUCAUCGCCACAGUGAUGGAGGAGGAGAAGAGUCCGUGCAGAAUGGCACUGUGGAGGAGGAGGAGCCUUUGCCGUCCAUGUCCAAUUACUGCCUGUUGGCUGAGAACUCCUACAUCAAAAUGGUUUAUGACAUCCAGGGGAACCUGCAGGACGGCAGUCAGGUCGUGGUGUCUGUCAUAUUUGAAAACAAGUGUGAUAGCUUCCUCAAAUCAAUGGAGUUCAAUGUCCUGGACUCUCUCAACUCCAAGCUUCAGAGACCAGAGGGGUCAGGUCCACACGAUGGCCUCACUGUUCCCUUCCAACUUCCACCUGGUGUCUCCAAUGAGGCGCGAUUUGUCUUCACCGUGCAGAGCAUUGUGAUGCCACAGAAACUGAAGGGCACAUUAACCUUCAUAGUAAAGAACGAGGAAUCUUCUACUCAUGAGAAACUGGACUUUAAACUGCACUUUACCUGCACCUCCUACCUAAUCACUACCCCUUGCUACAGUGAUGCGUAUGCAAAGCUGUUGGAGUCCGGUGACCUGAAGGGAAGCUCUCUCAAACUGGAGGGGGUCAACAUGCCCUUCCACCAUCUUCUAGCCAGGAUCUGCUUCCAUCACCACUUCUCAGUUGUGGAGAGGAUCGACUCCUGUUCCUCCAUGUACAGCAGGUCUAUCCAGGGUCAUCAUGUCUGUCUGCUGGUCAAAAGUUCUGGUCAGACAGUUUCUAUUGAUGCUAAAUGUGACGAGCCGACGAUGCUUGGGAAUGUGCUGGAUGAGAUCAAGCAGACCUUCUCUCAGUGCUGAUUGUGUCCGACAGCCCCAGAAGCCCCUAACCCGGCCAUAUAAGCCCCACCUCCCCCCUUCGCUGAAACACAACAUAAUCAUAUUACAAACAUACUGCUGCUGGCACUUCCAUUGCUGUGUUAUUAGUCCUGAAAUUUCCAAGAUUUAUUUCCCUUGCCCUCUACUUCAGUGUCCCAAACGCUGUUGUUCCCGAGCACUCUGAGCUCUGUUGUUAUUCUCCGACACUUGAUGUUGUUUUGCAGAGUACAUGUCCCCUUUUUUCUGCAGUGCACUUUGAUUUUACUUCCUGGUUUUCAACUUCAUAUGGUUUCCCUUUUCCACCCAGACUCUGACCCUGUACCGUGCUCCUGGUCCUGGAUGCCCUGCAUUUUCUGCUCUAUCCUGUGUACCUCUUUGCCCUCCACUCUAGUGGCAACUUGGUCUAUGACAGUCGUGUUAUGUAAUGUUGACAACUGGACUUUUCUCUGUUGAUGGUUGAAUUGUGUUUUUACUGUUUUGAAGUUUUUGUCUUUUGUUUGUUGUUUUUGUCCUUUUUUUUGUUGAAAGCCUGUCUGCGCCUUUGCCUCACCCCCUUCUUCCUGCUCAUUAAACAAUUGUGACUGAAUCUUUCUCAGACUGGUACUAGCUGGAGAAAUUGGGAUUCUGCUCUUUUCACCCACCUUUGCCAGCGAGCCUAGAGGAGACACUGGGUGACUGCAGUGAGGGUAGAGCAGCAAUGAAACCAAAGCUACAUGUAAGGCAUAGGUCUUUGUCUAGUAUCAGAGCUGUUGCCUUAAUUUCCUUUUGGCAAGGCUCAGAACUGAUCAGCGACUAUGAGUGUAACAGAUUCAUUGGUACUACAGAAGAUUUGUACAGCGGAUCAGUGGUUUUGCUCUGUGCCUUAGUCAUGCAGUCUGACCUACUCCAGCACUCUGUGAGUCUGAUAAAGCCCCAGUUCCCUCACCAGUAAAUUUGAUCCCUGAUCCAACUGUGCUAAGUUGCGCUUUAUCCCCACCCUUCCCACCACCACAUGAAGUUCCAACAAAUCAAUGAUGAAUUUGAAACUGGAAACAGAUUAGUGUUGUAAUGUGAAAUAUAUGCUUUAGUACAGGACAGUUUGCUGUAAGGUCAUUGCCUCCUCUUCAUCUGAAAUCUGGAGUUGUUAGUUAAAUAGAAGAUGUUAUAUUGUAAUUGUAGAGAAGAACUAUUGUAUUAUUAUGAAGCCUCUAUGGUGCUGACUGCCCUUUUUAGUGGCAUCACAUGGUCAGAUUAUUAUUUGCCAUGAAGAAAAGAGCUGCUUGCGUUGCAUUUCUGUCCUCUCAUUUCUCUGAAAAAGUCAAAUAAUGACUAACUAAAUAAUGGACUAUUUACACUAUGAACCUUUCUGCAUUUUUAAAACCUGCUGCUCUGUAUAUCAGGUUGCUGCAGUUCUCUGUAAGCAGAGACUGUGAAGUGGUCAGUGGUUGUAGGUUCUUCUCAAUUAGUCACUGUGGCUUCAUUUGUCUGUCAACAGCAGUAGUUUUGUUUGUCUUCAUUUGAAAUCAUGUGAAACGUUUGCAACUGUGCCACUGAUGUUUGCUCACAGUUGCUACACACAGGUCGGUGUUAUUCCCCAGUGAUUCUUUUCCCUUCAACAACUGCCUUGACAAUGUUUUGUGCAUCGACUUGUUAAGAUGGACAUGUAAGGCCAUUUCUUUAGAAAAGAAGUGGCUUCCUCUUAGAAUUCACUCUCAGAGGCACUUGAUUGUUUAGUUUGCAUCAUUUAUGUCACUAUCUAGUCCAGUUAACCUAGUAGUAGCAAGAUCUAAACUGGCGUCUCUGUUUAUAUAAACUGUUAAUACCCCUACACAUCUGUCUGCUAUUGUAGAUAACAACACAUGAUAAUGAUGUCGGUGACCUGAUGGUCAGAUCAGCCAUUCCACAAGAUGCUCUGCCCAGUUGUAGAGUAUGAAUACAGAGGGAAUCAGCUCUAUCAGUAGUCGAUGGGAAAUGAGUAUAUGUAUUUUCCUGUUCCUGAAAAUGACCUUGGUGGAACUGAAGAAAGAAAUGACACAUCCCAAAUCAUACAUUGUCCUAUUUUGAGUAUUUUCCUGUGCAUAAUAUUUGAUUAAAAUUUGUAUAUUGCAUGAUUUGGAAUGUACACUUUUUGUUUUCCUUUUUGUUCCAUGGACAUGCUUACACAAACAACAAAAUGUGUCAUUCCAUCUUGUCCUUUUCUCUUCUUUUUUUUGUUUGUUUAUGUUUUUUUUUAACUAAGUUUACUCGAGCUUUCUCUAUUCCUGGUGGUGUUACAUUAUAAUCUAUUCUAAGAUCAGACAUUUUAAAAAAGUGAUGUUCAAUGUUUUAAAUUAUUAAACACAGUUGAGAAAGGGGGUUGCAUUUGCCAUCAUAACACACAGGGCUGGGGCUCCGAAUAAUUUGAAUAUAAAAGGUCAUGUGAAGCAGUGUACUGAGAGACAACCCAUUCUGUCCUAAUUCUCUUUUGGUUGAAGUGAGUUAUUUUACCACGUUUGGCUUGUGAGAGUGAAAUAUACUCUUAAGACUUUUUUUUUAAGGUCCUCUUUUCAUUUUCCCAUUCUCAGUUCUCCAGCUGUAUAAUGUAGUAUGUUUUAAGGGGGCAAUAUAAUUUAUCUACAUUCCCUUUAAAGAAAGUCCACCCAAAAUAAAAAACAUAAAUAAAAGCUGUAAGAAGCU